CUGUUUCUUUCCUCUGUCCGGUACCAAAGCCACUCGAACUCGAAUGCCUCACCCGCACCUACUUCGAAUGCCGCACCAACUCCCUCAAACACAAGGGAGCGGGCACUGCUCUCAGCCUGUCGAAACAACAAAACAAAACUCCAUACCGGAAGAUCAUUACCUUCUUCCUAAAACGGAAUAUAGACAUUGGUACAACAGGAGGCUCGAGAGACAGACCUCGAGCGACACAUCUGAUCUACGACCCCUCUCCGGAUCAGUCGGUGGGAAAAUGGCUCGUGAUCGUGCAUUCAAUCAAUUUCCCUUGGGAACGGUGGCAAGGUUUGCCGUAAAUAAACAGAUGAGUCGGUUCAAGCAACCGAACAAGAAUGCCAACUGGGUUCAGAUACCCCAAAAGAAGCCACUUAGUAUUUAUUCUAUCCCGGAGGGCGGGUCUCGUGACAACGCCUUCCUCUGCGGUCUCGUUACGACUCCCAGGAAUAGCCAAGUCAAAACCGGCAAGGAUGAUCCCACACUCGGCUCAAUGCGAUAAAGAAGAAAGGGAAUAAUGAGAAGACUUUCUCCCUCUACAGGAAAGUGGUCGUUAAAGGAGACUGCUUUUGCUUUGAAUGCUGACCCAAGCUUUUUGUCUUUGACAGACUCGGCUGUGAACAAAUCCUCAUCCUCUCUUAGAGAAUCGACCGUUCACUCAUGCUUUGGACGAGAGAAAGUCUUCUUAGUCUUAGUCUUCCGCUUGAACGAACGGUGAUUCAAAAUGAAUACCUUUCUCAAGU